CUUCAGCACCGAGAUCCUCGGUCUGGGUCCUCUUCUUCUCACUUAACUCGUGACUGUCACACACGCGAGUUAACGUUUGCCCGAAUAAUUAUAAAUCUCACAGAAUCUGUUCAACUUGUCAGAAUUUUAUAAAAUAAAUUAGUGGAUAAACUUAACUCAGUGAUAGUGAUUAAGAAAAUUAUUUAUCGUUAGUAAAAAGAAGUUUAUAAAUAAUUCUGAUGGAUGUUUAAGCAAAAGUUGGCGUAAUUUUUUUCUCAGGACGAGUUGAAAUACGGAUUUGUAGAAUUCAAGAAUGCGGUGAUUAAAAAAAACUUCUGAAGCAACAUUCCUUGAACGCGAACGUUCCAAGAUGUUGGUUCCACCAGAUAUGCUGGCAUCCCAUUCCAAGAUGGUUUAUCAAAUUAACAAAUACUUUGGCGAGCGUGUGAUGACACGUAAAACUCAAGUGGCUAAAACGAUUCAAGAAGUCUGUCGAGUUGUUCAAGAUGUUCUUAAAGAAGUUGAGGUUCAAGAGCCACGGUUCAUUUCAUCUCUGACUGACUACAAUGGCAGAUUUGAUGGUUUAGAUGUCAUCUCCCCUACCGAAUUUGAGAUAGUCAUAUAUCUCAAUCAAAUGGGUGUCUUGAAUUUCGUUGAUGAUGGAACACUACCUGGAUGUGCAGUGCUAAAACUUAGCGACGGUAGAAAACGUUCCAUGUCUCUGUGGGUAGAAUUUAUCACUGCUUCAGGUUACCUGUCAGCUCGAAAAAUUCGUUCGAGGUUUCAAACUCUUGUAGCUCAGGCCUGUGAUAAAUGUGCCUAUCGUGAUUCUGUCAAAAUGAUAGCAGAUACAACUGAAGUGAAGCUUCGUAUCCGAGAAAGAUACAUAGUCCAAAUUACACCAGCAUUUAAAUGUGCAGGAUUGUGGCCAAGGUCUGCAUCACACUGGCCAAUUCCACAAAUACCUUGGCCACAUCCCAAUAUUGUUGCUGAGGUGAAAGCUGAAGGUUUUGAUAUGUUGUCCAAGGAAUGUAUUGGGCUACAAGGCAAGCAAUCGGCAAUGGAAGGUGAUGCUUGGGCACUUUCUUUCAUUGAUGCUGAAAAUAGACUCCUCCAAGGUGCAAGUCGGAGACGAUGUCUCAGUAUUCUUAAAACUCUGAGAGAUCGGCAUCUUGAUCUACCAGGAAAUCCUGUUACUAGCUAUCACAUGAAGACUUUGUUACUCUACGAAUGUGAAAAGCAUCCACAUGAAACUGAGUGGGAUGAAAGUUGUUUAGGAGAUCGAAUAAAUGGAAUAUUUCUUCAACUAAUUUCCUGUCUUCAGUGUCGACGGUGUCCGCACUAUUUCCUACCCAACUUGGAUCUUUUCAAAGGAAAAUCACCGAGUGGGCUGGAAAAUGCAGCCAAACAAGUCUGGAGACUUACGCGUGAAUUGUUAACUAACACACGAGCUUUAGAAAAACUGUAGUGUUUUUAAAAAUUAUUUUUUUCAAAUGUGAAGAUCAAUUUAUUUGAUAAAUUAAUCAACAGUGCGUAAUUUCGUGUAACGAAAAUGACUUUUUUUUUACUGUACUGUGUGAUUGUGAUAUGUGCGAGCAACUCGACCAAUAUAUGUUUGAGUCAGUGCCAUAACAUUAUGUAUAAUGACGUCUGUAUGUCAAACCGGCAUUCUCUCUUUAAAUAAUUAAUUAAAUUAUUUUGUUGUGAUUAAAUCGUUAAUAAUAUUUAAUGAUGGAAAUUUAUCGAGAGUUAUAAACUGUGUAUUUUUCCGUAUACUUUUUUAGUUUAUUCAUUUUCUUUUUUCAAGAAGAUGAAGGAGAGAGUGUCGAUGGACGACAUUGCCAUUUUAUGUACUAAACUAUUUAGAAGAAAAUUUAUUAAAAAAUUAUUAGAUCUUAUAUUUAUGCAUAAUUUUCAUCACUGCCGCUUUGUAUAUACACCUAAUAAUAUUUAUUAAAUUAUACCAAUGUGUAAUAUAUUUAGUAAUAUUUAUAGAUAUGAUAAAUAUUACACUAUAGUCUACUCGUUUUAUUGUUUUGUUUGGACUUUAUAAUUAUCAGUUAAAGUGAAUUUAUAUUUUUUUGUCAAUUAAUGGAUUAUAUUUAUAAUGACGGUAUUCAAAUGUUGCAAAAAAUUUUGGAUUAGUCGUAAAUUUUUGUUCACUUUCACGGCCUGAUCGUUAAACACUCAAGUUUUCUUUGAUAUCUCGAAGAAACAAGUAUUAGGCCUCAUAAAUUUUACAAUCUGCUUGUCACUUUUUUACUUCUUUCUUCGCACUGACUCAGCAAACAUACUCACACAUGUGUAUGUGCAACCAUAAAUGCAAUUAAAAAAGUUCUCGUGAAUCAGAUCUUUAUAAUUAAGUUGCUAUUAGUCAUUAAACAUCAGAAGAUCUUUGAACGAACUCUCUAUCAUUGCAACAGAAAGCGAAUUAUUUUUAAUUAUUCAAAUAAUUAAUUAUUAUAAAUAUUAGUAAUUUAAAAGUAUUUAUUUAUAGGAAAAAAAGAAUUUAAAAUACUCAAAAUAAGUUUAUGUAGUGUAAGUGAAGAUAAUAUAGUGACAAUAUUUAUGACUACUCCAAAAAUAUUUGCUCCAAAAAUGUAUAAUAGAAAAUUGGCUGUUAAAAAAUGAUAAUUAAA